UUAUAAUUAAUAUUUCACACACUUGAAAAUGGAUCCACAUGAAGCUUUUGGUGGAGAUGAUCUGUUUGGCCACAUCUUUGGUGGUGGUGGAGGUGGAAUGCCAUCUCCAUUUGGAGGUCUUGGGGGAUUUCUAGGUGGCUUUGGUGGUGGCCGCCGCAGAGGGCCGGCCAGAGGAGAAGACACUGUACAUCGACUCAAAGUAUCCCUGGAGGAGCUGUACAUGGGCAAGGUGGCCAAGCUGCAGCUCUCUAAGAACAUCAUCUGCACAGACUGUGGCGGACUCGGCGGUCACGGCACAAUGAACACCUGUGGGGAGUGUCGGGGUCGGGGCAUCACGGUGACCGUGAACCAGAUCGGUCCUGGCAUGGUGCAGCAGAUGCAGAGCAAAUGCCGCAGCUGUGAUGGAGAAGGUGAAGUGAUGGCAGAAAGCGACCGCUGCAAGACAUGUUUAGGACGCAAGGUUGUGCCCAGCACCAAGCUGCUCGAGGUGGCGGUCGAGGCUGGCAUGAAGGACGAACAGAAGAUUGUAUUUAGGGGCGAAGGCGACCAGGUGCCUGGGGUCGAGCCCGGCAACGUGCUUAUUGUCCUGCAGGAGAAACCACAUCCAAUCUUCAAACGCGACGGUGCGGACUUGUUCCUGCAGAAGACAAUAACGCUCACCGAGGCGCUGUGCGGCUUUGAGAGCACCGUCACCCACUUGGACGGCCGCUCGCUGGUCAUCAGACAUCCUCCCGGCCACGUCCUCAAGCCCAAUUGUGUGCGAGGAAUAACAGGCGAAGGUAUGCCCAUUUACCAGCAGGCGGGUGAAAGGGGCGACCUCUACGUACAAUUCUCUGUAGACUUCCCACCCAGCUACUUCGCUGAGGGAGAUAAACUUAAGGAGCUGGAGUCGCUGCUGGGCGGCCGCGCCCCUGCCUCCCCCCUGCCAGAGGACCACGAGGAGGUCAACUUGACGGAGUUCGAGGAGCGAUCGCGCGGCUCUCACGACCACGACGACGAAAUGCACGGUCACGGCAUGCACGGCCCUCAAGUGCAGUGUGCGCACCAGUAAAUAGCCCAGUAAAUGUAUUAUGUUAUCUCUCACUCAGUGAAUCGCCCAGUAAAUGUGUUAUGUUAUCUCUCAUCCAGUAAACAGCCCAGCAAAUGUGUUAGGUUAUCUAUGACCCAGUAAACAGCCCAGUAUAUGUUAUUUCUCUCAGUAAAUGAGUUAGGUCAUGUGUCAGGUUAUCUCUCUCCCAGUAAAUGUGUUAAGUUAUCUUUGCUUUGACCAUUGUUUUGACAUCGCGACUCUCUGAUUAUAAUUGGUGAUUUGGCUUGUAAUAUAUAUUGCGUUCUGUAAUCCUAAUAGAGGCGUCAAUAUAGGUUUACCUAAAUUCCUGACGUGCUGUUAAUGAGAACAGAGUAAAUUUCUUACAUAAAGCAGCUUGCGGUGGAUGUAAGCCGUAAAAAUGGUUACUUGAAAUAUGACGUUUUUUGUGUAUUUCCAGCAUUUUUCUUCGUAGGCGAGGCACAAGGUUUCGUUUUAUGCCAGUCCUGCGUGGUUCAGCCUGAACACAUGUUCUACUUGCUGUCCAUCAUGAUAAAUAUGACUGAAAAUGGGUAUUUCUGCUAUUAAUUAGGAAGUCUGAUGAUGUCGAGAUAUGGUGAUUCUAACAAAUCUUUGUUCAGAUUCACUUUCGUAAAUUCUGCAUUUUUUAUUUGUCUUAAAUGAAUGCGAGACUUUCUAAGUAAAACAUCAUCAGUUUUUACUGUUUUAGAUCUCCAGCAUUCAGCUAUUGAUAAUUUCCAUGCUUCGACCUCCCUGAAGUCUGAACUAAUUAUUCUGUGUAUAGUUCAAUUAUCCAUCAGAUCAGAUUUAAGAAUCGAUAAUGACCUGGUUGAAUUUCUCCCGAUAUUUUACUAUUAUUAAAUUUUUUGUAAAAUAUCUUCCGAUACUUUAUGAACGUAAAAUAUCUUAAGGUAUUUUAUGUACGAUACAACAAUCGCCAAUGAUAUAAACCUAUCGUCUAAUAUGUUCGUACGUUAAUUAAACAAUCUCUGACGUAGGGUAAGUCAGGAAAAAUUUAUCCUACGACGGGCCAUAUCGCUCAGAGAAAUAAUGGGUUGUGUUGUCCAAGUAGUGACGC